AUGGCGUUUUUGGGCUUAGCCUAUGACUUGAUUCUAGCAAUCAUCUCCUGCUUCUUCAUAUUCAUGAAAUGGAAUGAGAUCAGGUACAGGAAAAAAGGGUUGCCUCCAGGAACCAUGGGAUGGCCGUUGGUUGGUGAGACCUCGGAUUUCCUGAAAUAUGGAUCCGAGUUCAUGAAAACCCAAAGAUCAAAGCAUGGAGAAGUGUUCAAGACACAUAUUUUGGGUUCUCCAACCAUCAUUUCGAUGGAUCCUGAGUUGAACAGGUACAUUCUUUACAACGAAUCAAAAGGGCUUGUUCCAGGGUACCCAAAAGCCAUGGUUGAUAUAUUAGGGACCAACAUUUCAACUGUCCAUGGAGCUACUCACAAGCACAUCAGAGGUUCCAUACUUUCUCUUCUUGGCCCUGUAGCGGUUAAGGAGAAGCUUUUCCCCAAUCUGCUCAAGUGUGUCAAAUCCUUUACUGCUGAUUGGGAUGGCAAAACCAUUGACAUUCAGGAAAAAGCACAAGAGAUGGCAUUCUUCUUAGCUUUCAAGCAGAUUUUUGAAUCAGAAUCACGUUCUAUCUAUGAUAGUUUCAAGCCAGAGUUUGAGAAAAUUGUAUCAGGGACUCUGGCGCUACCCAUCAACAUCCCAGGAACUUCUUAUCAUAUAGGAUUGCAGGCGAGAAGUAAGGUGAUCAAAUUGUCAAGAGAGAUCAUAAAACAAAGGAGAAGUUCUUCAACGAUACACCGUGACAUGCUUGGCCAGAUGAUGAGUGAUGAAACCAAGUACCCUCUGAAUGAUGAAGAGAUCAUCUCACAAAUCAUUACGAUCCUGAAUUCAGGGUACGAAACCGUCUCGAAAAUUACCAUGAUGUCUCUCAAGUAUCUCCAUGGCGACCUCAAAGCUCUCCAGGAACUGAGAGAGGAGCACUUUGGGAUUUUGGGAAGAAAAGAGGCAGGGGAGUCGAUCACUUGGGAGGACUACAAAUCCAUGAGCUUUACCCUCGGAGUUAUUCUGGAAAGUUUGAGACUGGCUACGGUUGUAAACGGUGUCAUGAGAAGGACAACAUCAGACCUCGAACUAAAUGGUUACAAAUUUCCUAAAGGAUGGAGAAUUUACAUCUACACAAGGGAAGUCAACUAUGAUCCAUUGCUCCAUCCAGAACCCUUGAAGUUCAAUCCAUGGAGAUGGCUGGAUAAGAAGUUGGAGUCCCACAAGUACAACUUCCUCUUUGGUGCUGGAGGAAGGUUGUGCCCUGGAAAGGAAUUGGGUCUCGUCAUGAUCUCUUUGUUCCUUCACUGCUUUGUUACUCAAUACAGAUGGGAGGAGCUUGAAGGAGAAGAAAUGGUGAAAUUCCCAAGAAUUGAAGUACCAAACGGAUUACAUUUAAGGAUUUCAAAGUAUUGAGUUUGUGAAAGAGUAG